AUGGCCGGUCCACAUUCGUGUUCAUCGUUGGGAGGUUUAGAUGUUGGAUUUGCGAGUAUACCGCCUGCUUUGCUGUCCGCACGUGUUUCGCCGUUUGGAAAAUCAUCAUACAAGAAGCCUGACCUCCGAUUGAAGAAACGGGCAAGUAAAUCACCGGUUUGCUUUACCGAUGAAUAUACUGGGCCGUGUUUACUACUAUCGCUGCCUGUGGAGAUCCGGCUCCAAAUAUACGACUGGGUAUAUAAAGCAAGCCCGGUGCACAAGAACUUACCUCUCACGGGAUAUCCCCUCCCUGUGCGACAGCCACGGUCUACAAUCUUGAUUGAAGACAAAGAGAAUCUAUUACAAGAGGGUCGCGAAAUCUGCGUUUCCACUCUUCUCCGCCAAGACCGGCUCUAUAACUGCCUCCCGAGUAAUCUCCUCGUGCUAAAUCGACACAUAUACGCAGAAGCAAGGGAGAUUCCAUUCUACAGCAACGAGUUUGUUUUUGAGAAUUGGUUUUCGUCCGGGCUAGUUGCAGCGGCAUCAUUGUUGACUGACGUGUUCGAACCCUGGCAAGCCGGAGCCAUGCGAUUUGCAAGAAUCGAAAUAAAGUUAAAAGAUUUUCAUGACGACAGCGGCUUCGAGAGAUGGAGAAUACUGAGUGCGAAUUGGGCGAGCUAUUUUCGUGGUCUGCGAGUAUUGAUUCACGUCUCGAAUGAUGCCUUGUUUGAGAAAAGCCGCUUGCCGGACGCCCUUGAUGGGAUCGCUGAGCGAUGGGUGGUCGAUGGGUGCUUGGCUCAAAUGAAAGCCUUGGAAAAGCUUGAAGUUGAGCUGGUGACACCGUCUUCAUGUCCUGAUAGAGAUAAGUUGGAUUGGUGUAGAGAGCUUCAGGCAGCUUUGAGGAUACAUGGCUCAAGAGCCGUCGUGGCUAGUGUCAAAUGCGAUGUUAACUCUCUCAAAGAUAACAAGACGGGAUGA